GGGCAGGAGCUCACUGAGUGCAGAUGGCAAUCGGAAAGUCAAGACCGGGGAUGUCCCUGGCAGAGCAGCUGGCGGAUCUGGAUGAUUCGACGCCAAAAGAUUUUGAUCCCGAAGACUUGGAUUAUGGGCGGGGGAGCGGCGAUGAGGAUGCGGUAGCAGCAGAUGAAAAUGCCGGGAGAGAGCAUUACCAGGCUGUUGGCAAAGGAAAACUUCGCAAACCAGAGCAGAUCAAUCUUGGAAAACAGUACGCUGGUUCGCGUGUCAGUAGAGAAGCCCUUGAAGCCGAUAGCGACGACGAUCCGUUCCAGAUGCGUUCUAGCGGUGAGGAGGAAGACGAAGAUGAGGAAGACAGCGACGAGGAAGAUGAGGAAGACAGCGAAGAGGAAGACGCUGCGGAGGUCUGGAAGAAGCUCAAGGCUUUGAAGAAUAAGAAAAAGCAGCAGAAGGGAGAUGAGUCCGAUGACGAGGAGAGUAUCGAUGAGGAAAUCGGCAUGUCCGACGAAGAGGAAGACGACGAGGACGACGAAGAGGAAGAUGAUGAAGACAUGGAUAGUGAGAUGUCUGAGGAUGAGGAGGACGACGACGAAGACGAACCUUCUCGCAACAAAAAGGCUGACAAGACCAAGACUGACGACCGUGACGAGCUACGCCGGCUCAUGGCGUCCGACCAAAAGACGAUUGCCGCAACGAUAUCUCAGGCUGCCAAGGCGGAUGCUGUUAAAGGCCGGGCCGUCAAGCAGCAGCGCGCGACCUUUGACGCCUUGCUCAACACGCGGAUCAAGCUUCAGAAGGGGCUGACGGCGGUGAAUGAUCUUUCGCUGACAGCCAAGAACACCGACGAAGAGGUGGAUGAGGAGGCCAUCAAAUCCGUGGAAUCCGCAGCGCUGGCCCUCUGGUCCACGCUGGAGGAGCUGCGUCUCGCCCUGGCGGAUGCACACGCCAAGGACGACUCCAAGAAGCGCAAGCGGCCCCAGCCUGUAUCCCCGGGUGCGUCUCCGGCCUCUCUGUGGAAACGGAUGAGCGAUCUCGAGACCGACGCCGUCUCCCAUCGCCGGGCUGUGCUGGACAAAUGGUCGUCGAAGGUGCGCGGCUCGACCGCCUCGCUCGCCAAUUCGCGAGGGAAGCUGCUUGCCGGCUCCAGCGGCCAACAGCAGAUGCUCACCUCGGUGCUGGACGCACAUGUGGCCACCGAGACGAGCGAGCGGGCUUCCAAGCGAUCGCGCGGGGAGAGCAAGAACAAUAACAAUAACAAUGGUGACGAGGAGAAGCAGGAGCCCGUGUACGAGGACAGCGUGUUCUACCAGUCGCUGCUGCGCGACCUGGUGGAGCAGCGAAUGUCGUCAUCGGAUGCGAUGACCAACGGGCUCGAGACGCUGCACAUCCAGCUCCCGUCGCGGCUGGCGUCGCUGCACCCGGUCACCGGGAUGCGCAAUGACAAGGUGAAGCGCGAGGUGGACACGCGGGCGUCCAAGGGCCGCAAGAUGAAGUUCAACGUGCACGAGAAGCUGCAGAACUUCAUGGCGCCCGAGGAGCGCGGCUCGUGGACGAACCGGGCGCGCGAGGAGUUCUUUGCCUCGCUCCUGGGCAAGACGGCGAGCGGCCUACUGGGCGAAGAGGACGGUGAAGACGCCAGCGGUGCGGAGGAGAGCGACGAGGACCGCGAGGAGGGAGGCCUGAGGCUGUUCCGGGGGGAUUGAACAUUGAGCGGUUAAAUGAUAUAUUUGUAUUUAGAUCUUUCAUACAUU